AUGUUUUCUGCCAACACUCGGCCCAUACAUUUCCAACUCAAUGCCAAGGCCCAAAAUAUCUUUCUCCGUCCCAAAUUUGAGGCGAAUCCCUUCCUACCCAAAAACGGCGCCGUUUUAGCUCUUUCCCCUGUCGUUUCGCUCUUCUGGCCAUCGGAAGCCGAUUUUCUCCGGCUCUACGCGUGCGAACGCCAGCACGGAUGGAGCUCUCUCUCCCUUCUCACCUCGCCUGCAAUCCCACUCCCUCGGCUCAGCUAUCGAAGGCCGUCGCUAGGGUUUCUCCGGCGAGCCUCUCCCGCAGCGCCUCUCGGAUCCGCCUCUUCUCCACCGGCAGCAAGAGCCGCGGCUUCAUGGGAGACUCUCCCGCUCGGAGUCCCGGUCGGCUGGCGUUUCGCUGCUCUCCAGAACAACGGGGCUCCUGUACCGGCAUCGCCGGCGAUCGGCACCGGUGGUCGGAUUGGGGAGGUGAAGAGGGUUACGAAGGAGACGAAUGUGCCCGUGAAGAUCAAUCUGGACGGGACCGGGGUUGCCGAUAGCAGCACCGGCAUUCCCUUUCUCGAUCACAUGUUGGAUCAACUUGCUUCGCAUGGGCUGUUCGAUGUACAUGUAAGGGCAACUGGUGACAUUCACAUUGACGAUCAUCACAAGAAUGAAGAUGUUGCUCUUGCCAUCGGAACAGAUUUAUCUGGCCGGCCGCAUUUAAGUUUUGAUUUGCAAAUACCAACACAGAGGGUUGGAACGUAUGACACUCAGUUGGUGGAGCACUUUUUCCGGUCUUUGGUGAAUACUUCUAGCAUGACUCUUCACAUUAGGCAGCUAGUUGGAAAAGACUCGCACCAUAUUAUUGAGGCAACGUUUAAAGCCUUUGGAAGGGCUCUUCGACAAGCUACAGAAUAUGACUUACGGCGCCAAGGGACUAUUCCAAGGUUUUGGAAGUCUGGAAAAUCUUCCUGGGACAUAUGACAUGAAUGAAAUCAGUAGAUUCAGUAAUUGGAUGGUUCAAAAGGGGUGCUAUCACGUACUUGAUGAGGACGAUCCUUUCAUUGAACUGAACCUGGAUUUAGGUAGCCCAUAAGGAAGCAAGUAUUGUUUAAUAGAUUGGCAUUGUCAAGAGUUCUCAAUGUACUGCUGAAGCAACAGAAACACGAAGCAAGAACGAGACAUCUACGGUCGUCAUUGUCAGCUUUUGAGUGUCCUCCAGUAAAAGCCAUGGAGAAACACAGUUGGUCUCUGUCUGUACUACCAAUUGCACGAGUCGUGGAUGAUCUCGUGCACAAAGUGUAUGCUAAUUGUGAGGUAAAUUAUUCACUGUAUGUUGGAUUUUGAAAUUGGUCGUUACACUGAGUUUGCCGUCGGAAACUGCUCGGUUUUGACAGGAGAACAUUUUGAAGUUUCCCUCAGAUUCACUCUCACAUUAAAUUCAAGUUUUCCACACUUCUGCA